GCUCAAAGUGUUUGCAAGUAAACGCGAGAAGCAGCAGCCUUAGCAGGCUUCACGAUCGCAAUCCAAGAUUUUCCCCAUCGCACUUUUUCCAUCGCCGGCACCAACCACCGCUGCUGGUACCGGACAUCUGAUCCAACCCGAGAACUCGAACUAGAACUCGAACCCGAACCGAAUACCGAUCGCACCGCUGAAGCACACGUCUGCGACACCGCCCAUCCCGCGGCGCUUCCCAUCCUGGGGCUGAACAAUGACUGCGCUGGCCCUUUCGAGGUAGCACUCGCCCAGGUGCUACGGCUGGCCAAGGCCGCUUCAUCCAUCGCCCUGCCCUCGACGAACAUCGCGCCCCGUCUCGUCACCCUUCCCGUCGGACUACCGUCGCCGUCCGAGGGGCCCCGUCGGCCUGGUGCCUCGCUGCGACCGCGUGGGCCUGCCGUUCACGAGAAACCCGCCCGUCGUCCCUGGUCGCGUCCUGCCCGCCCGCCGCGAUGGAUCUCGCAAAGACGCUGGUGCGCUCGGUCGUGCGCGCCUUCUACGAAACAAAGCACGCGCUGGUGAUCGAUGCGCUGGUGCUGCACUCGGCCUUGCGCGAUGACGACCUGGCGUAUCUCAUGAACAUGAACACCAAGGACCUGCACAAGCUCUGCGGUCGACUCAGGGAGGACAGGUUCAUCCAGGUGCAGACGAGGCCCGAGCUUAAAGAGGGCUCGCAGCGGCCCGUCAACCGCAUGUACUACUACAUCGACUACCGCCAGGCCAUCGACGCCAUCAAGUGGCGCGUCUACAAGAUCGACAAGGAGAUGCAGGGUGUGACGGUGCCCGUCAACGAGCGCAAGGAGUACUUUUGCGAGCGCGCCGGGUGCAUGAAGGAAUACUCAUCAAUGGAGGUGCUCGACAACCCCAGCUCCCGCGGCUUCCUCUGCCAGGUCUGCAACUCGGUCCUGCGCCACGACCCGGAGGGCAAGACGGGCGGCCACAAGCAGUCGACGCGCAUGAACACGCAGUUCCGCUUCAUCACGGACCUGUUGCCCCGUAUAGACAACGUCAUCGUGCCGGACAACAACUUCGAGAUCGCCAUCCAGCAGGCCCGCCCCGUGGAGCGCGACGCGCUGCACCAGGUCGUCAGCAGCGUGGCGGUCGAGGCCAACCACCGGCCGGGCGCCGUCAAGGGCCUCACGAACCUGGGGCCCAAGUCGGUCACGGUCAACCUGACGGCCGGCGGGCCGUCGGCGGAGGAGCUCGAGGCCGAGCGGCUCCGCAAGGAGGAGCACGCCCUGCGCAACGCCCUCCCCUCCUGGAUCGCCGAGAGCACCGUCACGGGCGACGCCUACGAGCUGGACCCGGCCAAGCGCGGCAUCAUCGCGCCCGCCGCGGCGGGUUCGGCCGCCGACGCUAGCAACAACAAGAACGACGACGACUCCUCAAAGGACCAUGCCGAAAUCGACGACCUGUUCGCCAAGCUCAAGCGCGAGCAGGAGGCCGAGGCCGCCCGCCAGGCCGCGCUCGAGGAGGAAGACGAAGACGACGACGAGGACGACGAGGACGACAUGUUUGAGGACGUCGUCACAAGCACAAACAACUCGGCCGGCGGCACCCCGGCCAGCACCGCGCCCACCGCCCUGGGGGCGCCCGCCGCUGCCGCCGUCGCGCCGUCGCCGCUCGGCAAGUCGUCGCUGAAACGCGACGCCUCGAGCGGGCCGGCCUCGGGCACCACCUCCCCGCACGGCCUCGGCACGCCGGGGUCCGACGGCCGCCCCGUCAAGAGGGUCAAGGUCGAGGUGCCCUCGCCGCCCCCGGUCGCGGUCGCUGCCGGCGAGGAGAGCGACGACGACAUCGAGUUUGAGGAUGUAUGAAAAGAGAAGAGAGCGCUCGUCCUCCACAUCCCCUUGUUUCACCUGCUCCCCUGAGAUAAAAGUUUAGAUUCCGUUAAUUCAUCCUCCUCCUUCACAAUCACGCCCCCAUUUGCUUGUUUUUAUUCUCAUCCUCUUUCAUUUUUUUUCUUCUUAUUCGCGUGGAUAGAACAGGUCGGGUGUGGCAAAGGGUCGGGUCGGGCGGCGCGGGGGUGUCAUCUUUUUUGAUAUAUAUGUCGCCACCAAUAAGGAAAGAAAAAAAAAAGACGCUCCGCUUUGCCGUGACGAAACAACCCGGAAGAGGUAAGGCGUCAACGACUGUCAGGGGGCCAGUGUAUGGGUUACGUCCAUGGUAUAGGUACAUCUCGUCAGGUAGGUAGGGCUGCUGGACGGAACAAGCAUGGCAAAGCGAGGGAGGCUCGGGUCGUUCGUCGUUCAGUCGCCCGGCUGCGCAAGCAG